UCCUGUUUCUUCUUGCCUUCCUUCCAUUUUCAUCCGCUUCCUUGAGCUUUCAGUCAUGAAACUCGUAAGCAUCAGUUUUGCAAAGCUUCAGGCGUGCCACUUGCUUCUGGGUAUUGCUCUUGCACUGUGCUUUAACCAAGUCUCCUCCACCACCAAUGAAACAGAUAAGCUCGCUCUACUCGCAUUUAAGGCCGGCAUAACUAGAGAUCCUUUUGGCGUGCUCAACUCAUGGAACAAUACUAUUGGGUUUUGCAAGUGGUAUGGAGUUACGUGCGGCCAGAGACACAAGAGGAUCACGGUCUUGGACCUACAAUCACAAGGACUCUCUGGAUCUAUCUCUCCUCAUAUUGGGAAUCUCAGCUUCUUAAGGCAAUUGUGGCUCCAAAACAACAGUCUUGAUCAUGAAAUUCCCCCGCAAGUGGGCCAAUUACGCCGCCUUCGUGAAUUAAGGCUAGACAAUAAUUCAUUGGUCGGUGAUAUUCCCAAAAACAUAUCAUCUUGCUUUAAUCUUGUCAGCCUCUUCCUUCAAUAUAACCUACUAACUGGGGAAAUUCCUGCAGAAGUCGGUUCAUUGUCCAAGAUACGACUUUUAACUUUAUAUAGUAAUAAUCUCACCGGGAGUGUGCCUUCCUCUUUGGGGAACUUAUCGUCACUAGAGCAGCUUUAUUUAAGCCUGAACAACUUGGGUGGGAGCAUUCCCCAAGUUCUAGGCCACUUGACAAACUUGCGAGUCAUUGCCUUUGGAGGAAAUAGAUUGUCAGGUACACUUCCAUCUUCCAUACUCAAUCUCUCUUCGCUAGUUGUGUUUGAUGGUACAAACAACAAGAUUCAAGGAACUCUUCUUGUAGGCAUAGGCCUCAAUCUCCUAGGUCUUGAAUUUUUUAGUGUUUCCGGGAACCAACUUGAGGGGCCGAUUCCUUCAUCGAUAUCGAAUUGCACAAAACUAGAUGAUCUUCAACUAAGUGAAAACAAAUUUUUCGGGAAAGUACCAUCUUUGGAAAAUUUGUAUGAGCUUAGAUCAUUGCGAAUCGCUGCUAAUCAGCUUGGAAGUGGAAAACCUGAAGACUUGAGCUUCCUUUGCUCGUUAACUAAUAGCACCAAAUUAUGGCGUGUGUAUAUUGGUGGGAAUGAGUUUGGUGGGGUGUUACCCAAAUGCAUAGGUAAUUUAUCCACCACUCUCACAUACUUUGCAGUAAACCAAAAUGAAAUAUCUGGUGAGAUUCCUGGAGAAAUUGAAAAUUGUGUCAACCUGGAAAUGUUGUUGAUGAAUCUCAACCAGCUUUCAGGUGUUGUCCCCUCAAAUUUGGGGAAUCUACAAAAUCUAGUGUACUUGGACUUUGGAGAUAACAACUUGGGAGGGACUAUCCCAUCUUCUAUAGGAAAUCUAACCAAGUUGGUUCAACUAGAUCUUGGUGGGAACAACUUUCAUGGGCAAAUUCCAUCAUAUCUAUCAAAUUGCCGAUCUCUUAAUUUGCUUGCUUUGUCUAGCAACAAUCUUAGUGGUGCCAUACCCCCACAGCUUAUAGGUCUCUCAUCAUUAACAAUUCUUCUGAACUUGUCUCAUAACCGUCUGACCGGGGCUCUACCCAUAGAAGUUGGCAACUUGAGAGCUUUGACUGAGUUGGACAUCUCGGACAAUUUGUUGGGAAGUGAAAUCCCAAGUAGCUUGGGUGGUUGCACUUCAUUGACAUCAUUGAGGAUGGGAGGUAACUCAUUCCAAGGCUCCAUUCCUCAAUCAAUCAGAUGGUUAGGCGGCAUUGAAGAACUAGAUCUUUCACGCAAUAAUUUAUCGGGUCAAAUUCCAGCAUUCUUAGCUAUAUUCCAUUCCUUGAAACUUUUGAAUUUAUCAUACAAUAAGUUUGAAGGCAUGUUGCCAGAUGGUGGAGUCUUUGAGAAUGCUACCGCUACUUCUAUUAUUGGGAAUAAUGAGCUCUGUGGCGGAUUGCCAGAAUUUCACCUCCCCAAUUGUAUCUCCAAAAGCUCCAAGAGCAAAAAAAUCAAAAUAGUGAUAUUGUCCACUUCUGUAAUUUUCGGAGUUCUAGGAAUAGCUCUUGUUCUCACUUUUAUAUAUCUCUGUUGGUUGAAGAAGAAAGUAAAUGAACCAGUUUCAAGUUGGAUAAAUGAUUCACAUCCAAAUGUAUCUUAUGGAACACUCCUAAAAGCAACCGGAGGUUUUUCUUCAACAAAUUUGAUCGGUGUUGGAAGCUUUGGUUCUGUUUAUAGGGGAAUACUCGAGGACAAUGGAACUAAUGUUGCAGUGAAGGUGCUUCAUUUAGUUCGUCAUGGUGCUCUGAAGAGUUUCAUAGUCGAGUGCGAAACUUUAAGGAAUGUCAGACAUCUAAAUCUUUUGAAGAUACUGACAGUUUGCUCGGGUAGUGACUAUCAAUGAAAUGAUUUUAAGGCCUUGGUCUAUGAAUUCAUGGACAAUGGUAGCUUGGAACAAUGGCUCCACCCAAAUGCUACAUCAUCUCAUCAGAAUGAGCUCUUGAAAAAGUUGAAUUUCAUUCAAAGGAUAAAUAUUGCCAUCGAUGUUGCUUUUGCACUGGAUUAUCUCCACUACCAGUGCCACAUCCCCACCAUUCAUUGUGAUUUAAAGCCAAGCAAUAUCCUCUUAGAUGCUAAGAUGAUUGCACAUGUUGGUGACUUUGGAUUGGCAAAAUUCCUUCUUGGGUCAUCCUUUGACAUGGUUGCAAAUCAGAUGAGCUCAGUGGGUUUUAGAGGGACAAUUGGUUAUGCUCCACCAGAAUAUGCAAUGGAAUGCGAGGUUUCAAGAGAAGGCGACGUCUAUAGUUACGGCAUUCUCUUACUAGAAAUGUUCACAGGGUUGAAUCCCACAAAUGACAUAUUCAAAGACAACUUCACUCUUCAUAGUUUUGUUGUAGAAGCUUUGCCUGAACGAGUGCUUGAAAUUACGGACAACUUUUUGCUUCAAGAAAGAGAAAGCCAUGUAGGCCUCUGUAGUCAUCAGCAUUGGCUUUCUCAAAGUGAUGACAUAUUUCGAGAGGGUUUGAUUGUGGUGUAUAAAAUUGGAAUUGCUUGUUCGUAUGAAGUGCCUGGAAGACGGAUGAGCAUCAGCGGAGUUGCAAAUCAGCUCCAUCAGAUUAGGGAGAAACUCCUUAAAUUGGCUGUACAUGGACAAGACAGACUACUAACAGCUGAUAUAUAGCUGUUAUCGUUUAGUGUUGUUUAUGAAGACGGAAGUGAACAGAUCGACUAGGAAUGGCAGGCUGUUGCUUUGUUUCCAAAACAAUCCGAGGUCAGCAAUUGAACUCUGUCCCUAAAGCUACCUAUUGAAUCAAGUAGAGACAAUACUGUUGCUCUGGUGGGUGAAUAAGGAUGUAUAGCUUUCGGAUUCAGCAUUCUAGCAUGUGGUAAUUCGAGGACGCAUAUUGAUGCUUGAUGUGCGAAGCAAGAAUUAUCCAAAAAUGCUUAGUAAAAUAAUGUCACUUGUGUGUAUUGGAUCUUCCAAAGGGUGUAAGUGCAAGUCCUUGAGCAUUGCUAAUUCUGAAGUUUACUCAUCGUUACUUUUAUUUUCACAUUUUAGUAGAGUUACCAAAUCACUAUGUAUUCAUAAACCUUACUUAUACAUAUGUCCAU